AUGACGAACAACAAUCCUGCUCCUCUACUUGGUUUCAGAAUUGCUCACCUUCUCGAGCAAGAACCAGACACGAAAGACUUGACGAUCAACGUCAAGACAGAGAUACUCAAACAUGAGUUUGGUCCCAUAAAGAGUUCAUUCUCGUUCUCACCACACAAAUUCUUCGAGGAAGACGUCAAGAAACAAGAACUUUAUUUUUUCCUGAUAGCAGUUGGAAUCGAAGAGGAUGACGCAAAACUUAUGAUGACCGACAUGAUUUUUUACGUCUUGGGAAAUAUUGAUGAGUUACGAGGAGUUUUGACAUUGUUGUUGAAAGUGCAGUUCCCUUCAUUCGAGCCGAUAGAAGAACACUAG